AUGGAACAGUUAGAAUUCAUUGUCAAGUCACAUUGUCCAGUGUUCACUGUCAUCAUGAGCAACGGUUCCUAUCACCAGGCAGGAGGUUUUGCUUUGUCCACCACAGCAUGGAUUCUUUGCAUCAUCUCCAUGGGCCUCCCGCAAUGGCGAGUGUGGUACUUUAAUGAACCCAAGAUCUCUUAUCCUAGUGUGGCCUUUGUGGGAGUUUGGAAAGUCUGCAUCUACCACCACGACAACUCCAGCAAUAUUAAAAUGUGUCACCAAUACAGCUACCAUGACAAAUUCAUCCCUUUGGAAAUUCGUGUUUCUCAACACCUGCUCCUGAUCACCAACAUUUUAUGGCUGAUUGGAAAAGUGGCCACCACUGUUGCUCUUAGAAAUGUGUACAUGGGAAGACAAGAGGAGAAUGUCAUCUACAAUGCCUUCAGCACUUCAGCAAUUCUGAACAUCAUUGCCAGUAGCUUUGUCUUCCUUACUGUCUUGUGCAAUUAUUUUUCCAUUGUGAACAAGGAGGGAAUUGGCUUUCCACCAUCUUUCCAUAUACCCUUUUACCCACAUAGUCAGAAAGUUGGAAUUGCCAUGGGAGUGGCAUUUCUAGCGGCCAUUCUGUUUUUGUGCAGUGGUUUGAUUUUCAUUUCUUACACGUUUCCCUUAAGCAGCCAAGUCUUUCCUAAUACCUGAAGAUGAAUUUACUUUGCCUUAAAAACAUCCAAAAUUUCCUGUGGUUAUAACAAGGAUUUUUGAGAUGUCUACCUAAAGUUUCCAAGGACUCAACAGUGUUCAAGUGGCCUGUGAUAGAAAAUGGCCAAGUGGCUCCUUCUGAUACCAUAUCUUUUCUGUGUGUCAUUACUUCAUUAGUUUUAUUAUGAACUUUAAUUAAAAAUU